CGAUAUGAACAAAUAUGACAUUUUAUGAAUGACUUUAUGAUGCUUCAGUGAUACGCAUUUGAUAUAUAAGGCCGUGGAUUUGUACUACGGUAUUAUUGUUUUCAUCGCCAGUGAAAGCAAGGUAAUCAACAAUGAGGACUGUGUUCGUGCUCUGCGCUCUGGUAGCUGCAGUGGCAGUGGCAAAGCCUUUGCCACUUCCAGGACCGCUGGUGCAGAUUCUCAUUAACGUCAACGCUCCCGACCAAUGCCAACCGAUUCCUGUACCACCUCAGCCUGAACCUAACCCCCAACCAGCUCCUCAACCGGAGCCCCAACCCGAGCCCGUACCAGAACCCGAGCCAUCGCAACCAGAACCCCAACCCGAGCCUGUACCAGAACCUGAGCCCCAACCUGAGCCCGCACCAGAACCUGAGCCAUCGCAACCAGAACCCCAACCCGAGCCUGUACCAGAACCUGAGCCCCAACCUGAGCCCGCACCAGAACCUGAGCCAUCGCAACCAGAGCCCCAACCCGAGCCCGUACCAGAACCCGAGCCAUCGCAACCAGAACCCCAACCCGAGCCUGUACCAGAACCUGAGCCCCAACCUGAGCCCGCACCAGAACCUGAGCCAUCGCAACCAGAACCCCAACCCGAGCCUGUACCAGAACCUGAGCCCCAACCUGAGCCCGCACCAGAACCUGAGCCAUCGCAACCAGAGCCCCAACCCGAGCCCGUACCAGAACCCGAGCCAUCGCAACCAGAACUCCAACCCGAGCCUGUACCAGAACCUGAGCCAUUGCAACCGGAGCCCCAACCUGAGCCCGCACCAGAACCUGAGCCAUCGCAACCAGAGCCCCAACCCGAGCCCGUACCAGAACCCGAGCCAUCGCAACCAGAACUCCAACCCGAGCCUGUACCAGAACCUGAGCCAUCGCAACCGGAGCCCCAACCUGAGCCCGCACCAGAACCUGAGCCAUCGCAACCAGAGCCCCAACCCGAGCCCGUGCCAGAUCCCGAGCCAUCUAUACCGGAGCCUGAACCCGAGCCUGUACCAGAACCUGAGCCAUCGCAACCGGAGCCCCAACCUGAGCCCGCACCAGAACCUGAGCCAUCGCAACCAGAGCCCCAACCCGAGCCCGUGCCAGAACCCGAGCCAUCUAUACCGGAGCCUGAACCCGAGCCCGUUCCUGAACCCGAGCCAUCUAUACCGGAGCCUGAACCCGAGCCCGUGCCUGAACCCGAGCCAUCUAUACCGGAGCCCGAACCCGAGCCCGUGCCUGAACCCGAGCCAUCUAUACCGGAGCCUGAACCCGAGCCCGUGCCUGAACCCGAGCCAUCUAUACCGGAGCCCGAACCCGAGCCCGUGCCUGAACACGAGCCAUCUAUACCGGAGCCCGAACCCGAGCCCGUGCCUGAACCCGAGCCAUCUAUACCGGAGCCUGAACCCGAGCCCGUGCCUGAACCCGAGCCAUCUAUACCGGAGCCCGAACCCGAGCCCGUGCCUGAACCCGAGCCAUCUAUACCAGAGCCCGAACCUGAACCUGUGCCUGAGCCCGAGCCAUCUAUACCAGAGCCCGAAUCUGAACCUGUGCCUGAGCCUGAAGCCGUUCCUGAGCCCGAAUCUAUUGAGAACCCCGAAGCUAUUGAAGAGCCCGGGUCAAUUGAGGAGCCAGAAGCUGUUGAGGAGCCCGAAGCCGUUGAGGAGCCAGAAGCCGUUGAACCUGAGGUCGGUGAAAUUCCCGAGAUCGAAGUUGAUCCCGUUGUCGCCCUUCCCGACGAACUCAAUUAACUCCAUGAGUCAUACAAGAAGUCUUUCAAACCUUGUAUGGAUCUGAUAUUGCUAGACCGAACUCGAUAUUAGUUACUUUAAAUAAAUAACGUGUAUUCAGUA